GCAACUUAGUGAAAACGACGUCAGAGCCAGUCAGCCAGAAAGUAGUAAGAUUCGUUUGUUAGUUUCAUCAUUAUGAUGAGUUAGAAUUAUAAAGUGAUUUUUAUGACUGUAUUUCAUAACAUUAUUUCAACAUGGGGAUGAAAGUGAUGGCAUUCGCAGGCGUUAUUACCAUGCUCCAAGCGGUCACCCAGGCAAUCUUCAGUUCGCUGUCUUUAGCACAAUAUUUUUGCCUCAUUGAUUUUUUACGCGACUUGCCCUUUUUAAUUUAUAUUAAAAUUCUGUAUUUACACAAUCCAGAUUGUGGAAGUCGUAUAAAUAUAGGGAAAGUGAUAGAGGGUAUUCCUGAUCAGGCUUUCGUACUCCUAACUAAUGAACCACUAACGGUCACUCGCACUUUUUACAUUAAUAGUGCGAGCCUAGGACUCAGCGUACUUUGGUUUUUAGCCAGCAUCAUUUUAAUGGCUGGAAAAGAGAAGUCGGGCUAUUUAAGACCCUUGCGCUGGCCAUGGGUGUUUAUUUCUAUAGCAGUUUGUGGUUGUGACGUAGUUGCUACAGUCAUUUUUGCUAAUGACUCGUUCUAUACACGGACCUUAACAGAAGUGAUGGACUAUAUAGGAGGUACCAUAAGCGGCAUAGGAAAUAAGCAACUCGACACGUCUCUGACGGCUUGGAUCAUGGUGGCUCUCUACUCACGUUUCGCUGUCUUCUUCGUAAUCAAUCUUAUACUCAUUGUGAUUGUAGUCCUUGAUAAAAGCAAACCACAACCAGAUAUUAGUAUCAUUGAGUCUCCGAUUGUACCAGCACUACCGCCUCCACCGCCACUGCCACCACCGCAACCACCUUUACCUCAAAUUACACAAUCUCAAACUCCAAAACCACAAGUUGUUACCCCAGUACAUCUUCCAAUCAGACGUGUAUCAGAACCAAUAGUAGCACGCAAAGUGAGCAACAGUGCUGAUGAUAGAACCGUUUUGUCAAUUCCUCUAAGUAAUAUCACGGAAGCAAGCACGAGUACAAGGGACAUAGAAGAUUCAAGUAUACGUGAAGAUUCAUCAAAAAUACCGCGGGCUGGUUUCAACAACGCCUUUCGCACUAUGAAGAGGUUUUUAUUUACAAAACCAUCCAUCUCACAGCGAGCUUCUGUACUAGAUUCUUCGUAUACCUCACCUGAAAGGUCGCCCAAAAUACAUCAUCGUGAGAUUGACAAAAAAAGAACAGUUAACUUUCCUGCAAAUCUGUUAUCAUUACCUCAACGCUUGGAAAACAUGAUUGCGGAACAGCAACGACGUUUGGACAACGCUGUAAUCGACACCGGCCGUAGUUCACCCCCGAGAGCCUCACAGUCAUUACCACAGCUUAAUGACUCUCCAGACGGUAAUCCGGCUUUGAACCGCGGGCGACGCGACACUGCCGCAGAAUUACAAGGUCAGCUGCCGUGGGCCUACAUUCCAGCGUCAGCACACCGCAUGCGUGACCAGCUGCCACCAGACGAAGACCUGCCUCCAGUGCCGCUACCGGACUAUACGGCAUUACAUUCGGUUCGCAAAGCAUCUGUACAUCGAGCAGCCUCUAGCUUGAGUUCACUAACGCAAAAGAGAAAUUACAUAUCGCAACUACCAAGGCUGUGUUAGUUAUUUAUUAUUUAUAUUGCUCCUCUAACGCAAUCAGAUGUUUUGUAUUAAUGAAAUAAUGAACAUGACACGUGGAACCACAUGGGGCUAAGUCGAAGAUGAUUCUUAGUUUAAUUUUUAAUACUUUUAUAAGAAUUCAAUAAAGCUUGAACAUUGUUUCACAAUUUGAAAACAUUUAGGUUUUAUAUAUUGUUUUAUAUAAAUUGCUAAAAUUAAUGUUUUCUUAUUUCGUUCUAUCUUAAUGCUCUGAAAUAAUUCUAUCGCUGGAAUUCAUUUAGAGAUAUGAGAAAUGUCGGUAACGUGAA